UAAAGUAGUGUCUAGCAGCCGAGAUGCUUUUAUGGCGAUGUUAUUAGCGAAUAACAUCAACAAUGCUCUCGUCUUGGCUACGUUGACUACCGAUUUGCAUAAAAUGACGAACGCAGAAGAAGUGAUGGACAUCACAGAGGUGGUUUGUCUGGAGUCUGACCUGCAGGAUGGACAAAUGAAAGAAGUAGAAGUGGACGGUCACAAAAUCCUGCUGGUGAGGAGUGGGGGUCAGUUCAGCGCGGUUGGCAGCCGAUGCACACACUACGCAGCUCCACUCGUCAAAGGAUCACUGCAAGGUGAUAAAGUGAGAUGCCCUUUUCAUGGAGCGUGCUUUAACGUGAAGACUGGCGAUAUUGAGGAAUACCCUGGGCUGGACUGUUUGCCCUCUUAUAAGGUAAAAAUUGAAGAUGGCAAAGUGCAUGUCACCUUACACACAAAGGAAGCGAAGCGUUUGAAACAGAUGUCUCACCAAGAACCAGAGUCGUCUCAUACAGUGAUUCUGAUUGGAGGAGGCCCCGCCUCUCUGGUGUGUGCUGAGACACUGAGGCAGAAUGACUACAGAGGCAGAAUCGUCAUGGUCACCAAGGAUGACCUGCCACCCUUUGACAAGCCCAAGCUGAGUAAGGCUAUGAAUGUUGAGAGUGAUCGCCUCCUCUUGCGACCAAAGGACUUUUUCCAGCAGCAUGACAUCGAGCUGUGGAUGAAGAGAGAGGUGAUUUCUAUCAACACGGAGGCAAAAACCGUAACCAUGGAUGACAAAACAGAGCAGCGCUAUGACCAGCUACUGAUUGCCACAGGCUGCAGAGCCAGGCCCAUGGCAUGCCCUGGGGCAGACCUGGAGAAUGUGAAGCUCCUGGAGACCUUUAAGGAUGCCCAAGACAUUCACAACAUGUGUGCUGGGAAGAAGGUGGUUGUGGUGGGGACCUCAUUUAUAGGAAUGGAAGUUGCAUCGUAUUUGUCAGAUAAAGCUGCCAGUGUGUCAGUUAUUGGAAAAUCUGAAUAUCCCUUUCAGUUGUCGCUCGGAUCAGAGAUUGGCAAAAUGACAAUGGAGAUGCUGCGAGAGAAAGGGGUGAAGUUUUACAUGAAUGACAAUGUCGCAGAGAUUCGUGGAGAAAAUGGAAAGGUCAAAGAAGUUAUAUUACAGAAAGGAGAACUGCUAGAGGCAGAUGCUGUUGUCAUUGGAAUUGGUGUUUUGCCCAACUCAGAAUUUGUCGAUGGAACCAAGAUACAGAAAGACAAAAGAAAUAACAUCAUUGUUGACAAGUGCAUGAGGACCAGUGUGUCACAGGUGUUCUCUGCAGGAGAUGUGGUGUGCUUCCCUCUCGGUAUCCGUGGACACGAGCAGGUCAACAUCGCCCACUGGCAGUUGGCACAUGCCCAUGGAAGGAUUGCGGCACUGGCCAUGGUGAGCAAGCCAGUUGAAAUCAAGUCUGUCCCUUUCUUCUGGACUGUGCUGUUGGGCAAAAGCAUUCGAUACACGGGAUAUGGCAAUGGGUACACUGAUAUUGUGUUCAAAGGCAAAUUGGAGGAAAGAAAGUUUCUAGCCUUCUACAUGAAAGAGGAUGUGAUGGUCGCAGCAGCCAGUCUGAACUUUGACCCUGCAGUUGCCGCGGUUGCAGAAAUGAUGGCGACAGGGAAGGACAUAACCCGAGCUCAAAUUGAGUCUGAUGACCUGAGCUGGUUGAACAUGCCAUAGAGUCCUCUGUGCCAUUCGUCUGCCUUGUGGAAUGGAUUCCAUCGUAAUUUGGUGGAUAUCUCUGGUUUUGUUACUGAACUGAUGCAGGCAAUGUAUACUGUCACUUGACAUGUUUCAUUCCUUUAUGAAAUCGGUUUCUUCUCUCUUGACCAUCUCAAGUUCAUCAGCAUCUAUCAAUUCUGAACUUAGGUAGUGUAUAUUUUGAAUAGUGAAGCAGCAUAACAGCACAGCAAGUUUCAAUAAAAUAUUAUAUUUUUGCAUACACUAACUGAUCUACAUCUGUCAAAUGAGCACAGUAUUGUUUCACCAGUGCAGCUGAUGUUGGAAAUCAGACUGAUCUGAAAGUGUAUGAAAGAUGUACAGAUAUACUUAACUUAAAAUUCUGUGCCUACCUUUGAAA